CCAGCACCCCCACCAGCACCCCCACCAGCAGCUCCACCAGCACCCCCACCAGCACCCCCACCAGCAGCUCCACCAGCAACUCCACCAGCACCCCCACCAGCAGCUCCACCAGCACCCCCACCAGCACCCCCACCAGCAGCUCCACCAGCAACUCCACCAGCACCCCCACCAGCACCCCCACCAGCAACUCCACCAGCACCCCCACCAGCACCCCCACCAGCAGCUCCACCAGCACCCCCACCAGCAGCUCCACCAGCACCCCCACCAGCACCCCCACCAGCAGCUCCACCAGCAACUCCACCAGCACCCCCACCAGCAACUCCACCAGCAGCUCCACCAGCAGCUCCACCAGCAACUCCACCAGCACCCCCACCAGCAACUCCACCAGCAACUCCACCAGCACCCCCACAAGCACCCCCAUCAGCAACUCCACCAGCACCCCCACCAGCAGCUCCACCAGCAACUCCACCAGCACCCCCACCAGCACCCCCACCAGCAGCUCCACCAGCAGCUCCACCAGCACCCCCACAAGCACCCCCAUCAGCAACUCCACCAGCACCCCCACCAGCACCCCCAUCAGCAACUCCACCAGCACCCCCACCAGCAGCUCCACCAGCAACUCCACCAGCACCCCCACCAGCAGCUCCACCAGCAACUCCACCAGCACCCCCACCAGCAGCUCCACCAGCAGCUCCACCAGCAACUCCACCAGCACCCCCACCAGCACCCCCAUCAGCAACUCCACCAGCACCCCCACCAGCAGCUCCACCAGCAACUCCACCAGCACCCCCACCAGCAGCUCCACCAGCAACUCCACCAGCACCCCCACCAGCAGCUCCACCAGCAGCUCCACCAGCAACUCCACCAGCACCCCCACCAGCAGCUCCACCAGCAACUCCACCACUACCCCCACCAGCACCCCCAUCAGCAACUCCACCAGCACCCCCACCAGCAGCUCCACCAGCAACUCCACCAGCACCCCCACCAGCAGCUCCACCAGCACCCCCACCAGCACCCCCACCAGCAGCUCCACCAGCAACUCCACCAGCACCCCCACCAGCAGCUCCACCAGCAGCUCCACCAGCAACUCCACCAGCACCCCCACCAGCAACUCCACCAGCACCCCCACCAGCAGCUCCACCAUCAAUUCCACCAGCACCCCCACCAGCAGCUCCACCAGCACCCCCACCAGCACCCCCAACAGCAGCUCCACCAGCAACUCCACCAGCACCCCCACCAGCAGCUCCACCAGCAACUCCACCAGCACCCCCACCAGCAGCUCCACCAGCACCCCCACCAGCACCCCCACCAGCAGCUCCACCAGCAACUCCACCAGCACCCCCACAAGCACCCCCAUCAGCAACUCCACCAGCACCCCCACCAGCAGCUCCACCAGCAACUCCACCAGCACCCCCACCAGCAGCUCCACCAGUACCCCCACCAUCAAUUACUACCACAACCCCACCAGCAGCUCCACCAGCACCUCCACCAGCACCCCCCUCAGCACCCCCACCAGCACCCACACAAGCAGCUCCACCAGCACCCUCACCAGCACCCCCACAAGCACCCCCAUCAGCAACUCCACCAGCACCCCCAACAGCAGCUCCACCAGCAACUCCACCAGCAACUCCACCAGCACCCCCACCAGCACCCCCACCAGCAGCUCCACCAGCACCCCCACCAGCACCCCCACCAGCAGCUCCACCAGCACCCCCACCAGCAGCUCCACCAGCAACUCCACCAGCACCCCCACCAGCACCCCCACCAGCACCCCCACCAGCACCCCCACCAGCAGCUCCACCAGCACCCCCACCAGCACCCCCAACAGCAGCUCCACCAGCAACUCCACCAGCAACUCCACCAGCACCCCCACCAGCACCCCCACCAGCAGCUCCACCAGCACCCCCACCAGCAGCUCCACCAGCAACUCCACCAGCACCCCCACCAGCAGCUCCACCAGCACCCCCACCAGCACCCCCACCAGCAGCUCCACCAGCACCCCCACCAGCACCCCCACCAGCAGCUCCACCAGCACCCCCACCAGCAGCUCCACCAGCAGCUCCACCAGCACCCCCACCAGCACCCCCACCAGCAGCUCCACCAGCAACUCCACCAGCACCCCCACCAGCACCCCCACCAGCAACUCCACCAGCACCCCCACCAGCACCCCCACCAGCACCCCCACCAGCACCCCCACCAGCAGCUCCACCAGCACCCCCACCAGCACCCCCACCAGCAGCUCCACCAACAACUCCACCAGCACCCCCACCAGCAGCUCCACCAGCAACUCCACCAGCACCCCCACCAGCAACUCCACCAGCAACUCCACCAGCACCCCCACAAGCACCCCCAUCAGCAACUCCACCAGCACCCCCACCAGCAGCUCCACCAGCAACUCCACCAGCACCCCCACCAGCACCCCCACCAGCAGCUCCACCAGCAGCUCCACCAGCACCCCCACAAGCACCCCCACCAGCAGCUCCACCAGCAGCUCCACCAGCACCCCCACAAGCACCCCCAUCAGCAACUCCACCAGCACCCCCACCAGCACCCCCAUCAGCAACUCCACCAGCACCCCCACCAGCAGCUCCACCAGCAACUCCACCAGCACCCCCACCAGCAGCUCCACCAGCAACUCCACCAGCACCCCCACCAGCAGCUCCACCAGCAGCUCCACCAGCAACUCCACCAGCACCCCCACCAGCAGCU